AUACAAGAAUUUCAUUUCUUUCCGAUAAUUUUCAAGAAUAAUAAUCUAUCGAAGAAAUGUCAGCGACAAGGUGACGUUAUCUUGUAUACAAAUUGCAGUGAACGAUCAUUCUUAAUUAAUUUUUCAAUGAAUUGAAUCAGAUUGUUCGCAAUUGAUUUGUUUACUUCCUAAUUUAAUUCAAAUCCUUUUAUUCGUAAUUUUUUCGCGACAAGUUCGUGUUACUUGAACAAUAAAAUUCCAAUGAUCUAUAACGUAUCACCAUCGUUCUGAUGUUUUGAUGCACAGUACUUUUGAGGCUCUGCCAGAUUCCAUCGAUUGUUUGUACAUAUAUUAUUUUAUUUUAAAAUACGAAGGACUGUCGAAUAACUUUUGUGUUGCAAUGUCCUUUGGGAGUAUGUAUUCCUCGUGUAUUGUCUGCUUUUAGCUUUAUUUACGAUCCCCAUUUUAUUACAGGACGUAAAGAAGAAUCGUUACGUUUCAUAAAUAAUUGAAUCAAUCUUAUGUCAUAUAUUUCAUCAUUACCGAUUUACUAUUAUGCAAUUAUUAUCAAAAUAACGUUAUCGAUGUAAUUCAAUUUUCGAAUACAAUAUGUGUAUCGUAAUAAGAACAGUGUAUCCUUUUUUCAAUGCAAAAAAGUAACUGUCAUACAAAUGUAAAAUUAUCAGCAAUGUUCAUGUCAUGAAUGAAGAUUAUUAGAAUCAAGAUUUAUAUUAUCAGUACUUUACGUUUUACUAUUUAAGGUUAUAUUUCAUGUAAAUUUUAAUAAACAAUAUUUAUUUAAAUUUAUUGUAUAUUUUCAUAAAGAUAUGUCCACGAAUAACGAGGAUAAACAAUGUACUUGUACAACUACAGAGAAACUAGAAGAGAAGUCUUCUUCUCUUUUAGACUCAACAAAAAGUAAUACGUUAAUUGUGAAAUUGUUUUGAAAGGUAAUUUUCUAAUUGCAAAGAUAUUAGAAAAUAAUAUCAAUAUUUGGUUAGAUAACGAAAAGAAUCAGUCUAUUAUUUCUAUGAAAAAUGAUAUAUCUGUAAAACGAACCAGUACUUUUGAGAAAAGCAAAUCAAUUUUAAGUCAAACAGGGUGCAGUAUUGAGAGGAUAAAACAGAUUAAUAUUGAAAAUAUGAGAUUAUCAGUGGCUUUUCCACAGAUGUUUGGGCAUAAUGUUGUUCCUGUGCCAAACAAUAUUCCCAUUAGUUUCUGUUAUGACAUAGAAGGAGCUGCAGAAGAUUAUAUUGAUUCUGAUACAUACUCUUAUCCUGAUAUACAAAUUGUAAUAGCAAUUGAAUUAAUAAAAAAUAAAUUAAACCACAUGAUAUUAAUGUAUGAAAGAAUAAAGUGAUAAAUUUUCUUAUUAAUGUUAAAGAGGAUCUAUAAAAGUGAUAAUAAUUGAUAGUUAUAUCGAUGU